AUGUCUGCUGUUCGCGUACCAAGCGAGACAAAUCUUCCUGAAAUGGUGCUGCACCCAAGGCGAUUGUCGCCAGUAUCGUCCAGUGGUGACCCUCUCACAUCCGAGUCUCCAACAUCCAGCGUAUCAUUGGAAGGAGUGCAGCCGUAUUUGGGCCUCAAGCUUGAAGCUCAUCGUCGCUGGAACACGUCUCUACCAUUGGGGUUCCUUUGGAGCGUCGAGCGCGUGGAAAUUAACGUGACGCGAGCCGAUGCAGACAACGAAUUGAUGUUCGUGCUGGAGGUAUUCCUAAGUAAGCCGGUGUCGCGUUUGCCCAUUGGCAAGCCUGGAUCGAACGAAGAGCGAGUGACAGCAACUUUUCCGACUUUCAAGGUUGAGCGCCGAUUCAGCGACUUCGAGGAGCUGCGGAGGAGCGUUUCUUCUUCCACGGGGGCUGGUUAA